AUGUACUAUUUGGCAUUCUUCUGCAAGUUUCUCUGCACUAACUUAACUAUCACACCUAGUGCUCUUGCAUUCGCGUAAUUCGCGUAGUUUAGCACUAAUAUCUAGUAUCUAAAAGUUUCAGGGCUCCCACAAACACAUUUCCCACAAGCACAUUUCCCACAAACAUAUCACAGUAAAAAAUAUCUACACCAAUUUCACUCUUUCCGCCACGACAACCAACAUCUAUUAUACCAAAUCUAUCAACAAACCAUUCGAUUAUAUUUAAAUCGCCAUUAUGUCUUCAUCUUCACCUUCACCUCAAACGGAAAUCGCCCAAUCCAUCUUCCUCUCGAAAUUCGCCGUAUGAUAUACAAGUUAUUGCUCCAAAAAAAGAAUUCAACAUCACCAAGUUUGCUCGUAGGAAAAGAGCAUCAACAGUACCUCGCCCCUUCUUUCAACCACUGGAAUUCCUCGCACUUGCAAACAAAUCAGCGGCGAAGCUUUGGAUGUUCUUUAUGGUGAGAACAAAUUCAAAGUCAGGGUUGAGGCUGGAUCCUUUCCAGAGCUUUCUUUAAAAAUUGGAGUCACAAACUUGUCUCGAAUUCGACACUUGCAUAUCUUUGCAUGUUCGAGAGACUCAGAUAUAAGCAGACUCCAGCCAUGCCAUCGCGGUUGGAAAAUCGAUUCUCAUCUUUGGAAGUGCUUGCUCGGCAACGUUCAACAGCUAAUACUCCACUUACAACAACCUAGUAUGCUUAUGUCUCAUGCACCAGAACUGGACAUAGAAAAGGAUGCGCAAAGGUGGAUUGCCUUCCUUGAGCUGUUUAUACCUUUUCUCGCUUGGUCGAUCGACAAAGAAACCAAAUUUUUCAUUCAGCAUGAAGGUUGUUGUCUGACAGCUCGACAUGUGGCGAAAUAUUUCCGUCCUGUUCCCAAGAACCUGCGAGUACGUAAGAUGAUUUGGCGGGAUAUUCAGAAAGCGAAUCUUCAGUAUGAGUCGAGGCUACUAGAUUAUUCCGGUUAGGAAUCGUUUUCUGUUUUUUGGGUGGCAGCUUGGUGCUUGGUCGGAAUUAUGCGCAGGAUGCGGAUAUGGGAGGAUAAUGGGGCCUGGGUUUUAGAGAUACACGUGGAGGAUUAUGUAAGGUUAAUUUUUUAACUCUGCAUCAGCGGCAAAUAAAAUUGACCGAUGGUUUAGGUUUUAUUGUAGGGGGGAAUGUAUCAUUGGUGGUUAUAGCAAAAGGCGUUAUGUAGGAAACCCAAAUCAAAUAUAUGUUUAAAU